AUGAAGUUGCGCUUCUCAUCCUACAUCGACCCAUCCACCGGGGCCAAGCUCGAUAGAACUUUCACCCUCCACACAUACGAUGUCGAGGAUGUCAACUAUGACAACGAGGAUGAACCCCAAGCUGAGCAUGCACUCGACACCACUCCUCUUCUCUCAUUCCAGGGAAGGGACUAUCCAGUAACAUUGCCACCCAAGUCGACAAGGCUAGUGGGUUGGACACGGGACUGCGCUAUCAAGACAAGGAAGUUCAUCCUUUCGGACGUCGGUAAAUCCAUUUUUAAAUGUGCAGUUGCGUAUGUCUUGGGAAGUCUCGCAACGUUCGUCCCUCAAAUAAGCCGGCUGCUGGGAAAACAAGACUCGAAACAUAUGGUGGCUACUAUUACAGUGUAUUUCCACCCUGCAAGAUCCCUCGGGAGCAUGCUCGACGCCUUGCUUGUGGCCAGCACGGCUUUUCUCUAUACUGCCUUGGUUUCGCUUUUGAGUAUGACCGUAUCUGCAUUCUUUGCUGAUACAGUCCAUCUCAUCAAAAUCGGCCACGCAAUCGUGUUGGUUGUCUUUGUCGGAGGUGGCCUUGGCCUUGUGGGCUGGAUCAAACUAAAACGGAAUGACGCGUUGGUGAACAUUGGUUGUUCACUCGCAUCGCUUGCCCUGAUCACCAUCCUCACAAAAGAAGGCGCCGUUCAGGCGGGCGACUAUUCGGUAGAAAAGAUCUCACAAAUCCUCAAGAUGAUUGCUACCGGUGUCACUGCCACAAUGCUCGUCUCGUUUCUGAUCUUUCCCAUCUCCGCCCGUUUCCGGCUCAGGAAAAACCUGUUGGGAGCCACUGACGCACUUUCUGAUAUGCUGGCCCUUAUAACUAGUAGUUUCUUGUCCGGCGAUGAAUCUGAGUUGGAGGAUAAUGUUCUUGCAGGUGUCAGUGACCGCCACAAGAAGCUCUCGGCCUCUAUUGACCAGAGUCUGAAAGAGUCCAGAUAUGAACAUUACUUGUUUGGAACUGAACGCCAAGCGUCCGUUGAGACGAAGCUCGCACACUGUAUUCAAAGGAUCUCCCAGAGUAUUGGAGGCUUGCGGAGUGCAGCAGCCAUGCAAUUCGUGGUCGUCAGGGAGCCUCCCUUUGGGACAGGUCCGCGGUCGGCCGAUAUGGCCGGCUAUUCCCCAGCGGUCUUUAAUACUUUCUCGACCUCAAGAACUAGUGCUACUAAUCAAAGCGUGCUCGAUUACUUUGGCCUCAACGCACCCGUAGGUGAUACCGCAGGCAGCCGCCCACACACUGAGGAACGUCAAAAGUUCCGCACACCUGCUCAGAUAUUCGAGCUUUUCAUUCAGAACCUGGGCCCUUCUAUGAGAUCGCUAGCGUUCACACUCAAGGAGAUUCUGGACGAUUUUCCAUUUGAUGCAUCCAAUCACUACCAGGUAGUGACAAACCCCAAGUUUAAAGGCAGUUUGGAACGUGCUCUGGAGCUGUAUAAGACCUCUCGUAAAGCGUCCCUUGAUAUUGUCUACGGGCAGAAGGAUAUGGACAGGUCUCGGCCAAUUCCUGUUCAAGCCGAUUGGGAGGAUGCCGCAGCUUGCUGUGGCCAUUUCUCAUUUUCUCUGGUUCAAGUUGCAGAGUCUGUCAGGGACUAUUUGAUCAUCCUCGACGAACUGCAGCUAGAAGUGGACGAAUCACCAUCCGGCAGGACAUGGACCUGGUUGAAAUUCUGGAAACACACAGACGAGAAAAAGCAUCUCGAUGGCCUUGAUCCUGACUUCGUCGAGGUUCUUGAUAGAGCUAAUAUGCUCAACCUUCAAGUGACAGCAGCCUCGUUAAGGAAACCGAGCCUGUAUGCUCGACCGGCGUGGCCAGAGCGAUCGCGAUUCAAGCAGGCCAUGUUUCAAAGAUUCUACGACGCUGCCUCCUUCUUUCGACGGGAUGAUAUUAAGUUCGCAAUCAAGGUCGGAUUGGGUGCGAUGCUGUACGCGUCAAUCAGCUUUGUCCCUACCACCAGGCCGUUCUAUUCACACUGGCGGGGAGAAUGGGGCCUCGUGUCAUAUAUGUUAGUUUGCAGCAUGACGAUAGGAGCGUCAAACACCACAGGCUAUUCACGCAUCCUAGGUACUUGCCUGGGAGCUGUCCUCGCCAUCGCUGCAUGGGAGAUCGCUAGAGGCGACCCGUUCGCGAUGGCGUUCUUUGGCUUCUGCAUGGCAUACUGGACCGCAUACAUCAUCAUUGGGAAAGGUAAAGGACCGAUGGGGCGAUUCAUCAUGCUCACUUAUAAUUUAAGUGCGCUGUAUGCCUACAGUCUCAGCGCUCUGGACGAUGACAACGACGGAGACGAAGAAGACUCCAAGAACAACCCCUUGAUAAUCCCUAUUGCCGGACACCGGGUCGCAGCAGUGAUAUCAGGCUGCAUAUGGGGCCUCAUCAUCACGCGGAUGAUCUGGCCCAGCUCGGCACGGCAAAAGCUCAAAGAUGGAAUCUCGCUACUCUGGCUCCGGAUGGGAUUGAUCUGGAAACGAGACCCACUGUCGACGCUGACGGGAGAGAUCGAUUCGCACAGGUACAUGCAUCUCAGGGAGGAGUUUUACCUCCAGCAGUUCCUGUCGACACUGCAAGGCCUCGCGGACGCGUCGAAAUCCGAAUUCGACUUGCGCCGACCGUUCCCGCACGCGACGUAUGCUCGGAUCCUGAAGAACACCGACCAGAUCCUGGGCGCAUUCCACGCCAUGAACGAGGUGAUCCUGAAGGACCCACAGGCCUCUCCCGGCGAAGAGCUACUGCUACGAGCCACCGCGCAAGAGCGCGCCCAGCUCUGUGGGCGCAUCAGCCACCUGUUCAACGUCCUCGCUUCCUCCAUGAAGCUCGAAUACGCCAUCUCCGGCGAUGCCCACGCGUUGCCCAACAUCGAGCACACCCGAGACAGGCUGCUGGCCAAGGUCUUUGCAUAUCGGCGGAGCGAUGCCCAGGAGCAGAGGACCAGUGACGAAGACUACAGCCUGCUGUAUACGUAUGCGCUGGUGACGGGCCAGCUGAACAUUGGCAUUCAGAAGUUGCUGAGCGAUGUGGAGGAGCUCUUUGGGGUUUUGGAUGAAGAGGCGCUACGGUUGGAAUAG